GAGUUAACUGACGCGGCAUCACAGAAGGUGAUUUAUCUCAUAAUUAACCCUCUGAUCCCCAAACACAAAUUUAACUUCUGUUUAUCCGCUGUGUAUUCGGUAUGACCAUUACUGUGAGGAAAAUAUACUAAAUAAUACCAUUACAAAUGUAUUACAAAUGUAUUACACAUACACACACACAUACAUACACACACAGAGGUGUGAGUUCCAUGAAACUGUGGCUCAGUGUUCCCCCGUGUGGCAGAGAGUGGCACUGUGCAGAACACACACCUCACUGAGGGAGGAGACACACACUCAUUUUGAACUUAAUGAUGAGUUUAAACUGUGCUGCCUCGCUUUCACACACAGACACACAUACACACACAGACCACACACACUGGGAGGAUACUCUCACACACGCGAUGUAGAACUCAGAGAAAGAGGAAGUCGACGGCGGUGUGUAUGAAAGAGUGUGUGUGUGAGAGUGUCUGUGAGGUUGUGUCUGUGCUGUACCCCAUGAGAUGCUCCAUGCUGGACUGCUGGACCCGAUGACCUUCUGACCCCGAGAGGGUGCUGACCGCAGAGGACAGGAUGCAGAACGGUUCGACUGAAACGAUGCUCGGCGGUGAGCAGCUGAAAUUCGUGAUAGUUGGAGAUGGUGGCUGCGGCAAAACCUCAUUACUCAUGGUUUACGCUAAAGGAGACUUCCCCGAGAAAUACGCCCCCUCAGUUUUCGAAAAGUACGUAACAACGGUGACUCACGGUGGGAAGGAGAUUCAGCUCAACCUGUACGACACGGCAGGUCAGGAUGAUUAUGACCGCCUGAGGCCAUUGUCCUAUCAGAAUGCAGAUCUGAUCCUUGUCUGUUAUGAUGUCACCAACCCCACCAGCUAUGAAAACGUUAUUAUUAAGUGGUACCCUGAGGUUCAUCACUUCUGCCGGGAUGUCCCUAAGAUCCUGAUUGGCUGUAAGACGGACCUGCGGAAAGACAAGGAGAAGAUGAGAAAACUCAGAGCGGUCGAGCAAGAGCCAAUCACCUACACACAGGGGGAGGAGACGCAGAAGCAGAUGAACGCUGAACUUUAUCUGGAAUGUUCGGCCAAAUACAGAGAAAACGUGGAGGACAUUUUCAAAGAAGCGACAAAACUCGCAAUGACGAUGCGACGGAAAGCCAGAAAAGCACGAAAAAAACGGAAACCCUGCUCCAUCCUGUAAAACGGAAAAUCCUGGAAUCUUCAGGAACGUCAUAAAGUUUACAAAACUUUUAGACACAUGCAGGAAAUUUAUGCAGCUUUAAAGAACCUUUCGGAACAUCUGAGGAACAUUCAGACUCCUGAAUGUAUGAAGGCUUAGAAUGUAUAUUCUUUUAUAAUAACAUCUUGUUAUUUUAUUGUUAUUUUUUUGCACAGGGAUAUAGAUUAUUAUAAUGAGCAGCCAGUGUUCUUGCGGUGCUAAAGGGCGGAGCUUGUUCACUGGGUGGGGCGGUCACUCGGGUCAGUGGAGGGGUCUGCUGAUCUUGCUGCUCCUCAGUUACAGUGCUGUCCAUUACAAACUGUCUCCAUAGUAACUGUUUAUGUACACAGUGAUGCUCCACCCACAAAUGCACACCAAUGCGGCUGCUGUUAACGGUUAAGGUAAUGUUUACGUAAAAGGUCAGGAUACCUCGCAGCAGGAGAUAUGGACGGAUUGGUGGGCGGAGACUAAAAGGGGAGUUACAGUAAAUGCUGUGAUGGAAAACUGGAGUGUUGCAUCAUUCAGCCAAUCACUGCACAACAGAUCAUGUCCACCAGAAGAGGAUGAACUCUUUAGUCUGUAAUUAUUCAGAGAUUAUUCGGUAAUUAUUUUUAAUCUGAUUCAGUGCCAUAUUAUAGUUUCUUUGUAUUUAGGGGCAGAGUGAUGUCACUCUCAGUAGCAGAGCGGAAGCUGUCGGGACUACUUCCUACUGCAGUGCGAAUUUGAGGAACGAAAAACAUGAUUUCAAAACUGGAGACGCCUUAACAGAUUUUUCUCUGGUUUUGUUGCAGUCUGAUCAGUUUAAUAGGGAAGAGAUUAAAUAAAUAUUUGUUUUAAAAUUAAAGAGCACAGUGUUGUUUAUAAA